AUGCAGGCGAUUGAUGCUACCUCGACUGAGCAGCAACGGAAGGCUGCUGCGGAUGCCGCAAAGGUUGAGAAGGACUUUUAUUGGGCGUAUACCGAGGAGCCGCAUCAGACGAGACGGCAAGCGAUUUUGAAGGCGCAUCCAGAGAUCUCAAAACUCAACGGACACGAGCCAUUAACAAAAUACGUCGUUCUCCUCGUCCUCGCAAUCCAAUUCACCUGCGCUUACCUCCUCCGCCAUACCCCCGUCCUCUCAUGGCGAUUCUUCCUAACAGCAUACAUCAUCGGCGCGACCGCCAACCAAAACAUCUUCUUGGCUAUUCAUGAGAUGUCGCAUAACUUGGGGUUCAAGUCGCCCUUGGCGAAUCGGUUGUUUUCGAUUGUUGCCAAUUUGCCGAUCGGAUUGCCGUAUAGUGCGGCGUUUCGGGGGUAUCAUAUUGAGCAUCACAAGUUUUUGGGGGUGGAUGGGAUUGAUACCGACCUUCCAACCAAAUUCGAGGCGAUGUUGUUGCACAAUAUCCUCGGAAAGGCUUUCUUCUGCACCUUCCAAAUCCUCUUCUACGCCAUCCGCCCCGUCAUGGUAAAAGCCCAACCCUUCACCCGAAUCCACUACCUCAACCUCCUCACCCAACUCUCCUUCGACUACCUCCUCAUCCACUACCUCACCCCCAACGCCCUCUACUAUCUCAUCCUCUCCUCCUUCCUCGCCGGCUCCCUCCACCCCGUCGCAGGCCACUUCAUCGCCGAACACUACGUCUUCGACACCUCCAACAUCAACCCCGCCGAAACCUACUCCUACUACGGCCCCCUCAACAUCGUCACGUAUAACGUUGGGUAUCACAAUGAACACCAUGAUUUCCCGUUUGUGGCGUGGACGAGACUACCCGAGUUGAGGAGGGUUGCUAGGGAGUUCUAUGAGCCGUUGCCUAGGCAUGGGAGUUGGACGAGGGUUAUUUGGGAGUUUAUUUGGAGUGGGGAUGUUGGGAUGUAUUCGAGGGUUAAGAGGAAGGAGAAGAAGGAGAGGAUGGGGGAGAUGGCGAAGGGGCUUUGA